ACACACUUAUGAUCUGAGUUGUUCUCUCACUGACGCAUGUUAUGUUCUUUAUGUUGUUUUUACUCGUUUUUGUCUUUGCAUAUUUACUAUUCCCCUUUCCUGUCAUUUUAAUCUCCUCGACAUCCUUGAUAAAGUUUGCAGAUUACUGAUAAAUGUUUGGCGAAUUAUGUGCUCUUCUAAGAAUAAAUUUUGUGUUUAAAAGUAAACGAUCCCUUUUGAAUUAAAGUACGCUUUUACCAGAACUUAUUUUUUUUUUAGGUUUACAAUCACAGAUGAAACAUCUUUUGAUUCUCGAAUGAUCGAAUUUGGUAUGGAUAAAAAUGAAUCGUUUGAAACGGGAAAAUCAUCGACACAAGCUUGCCGGGCAUAUACAUUCGCAACGAAAGAUGUGGCCAUCCGACUAAUUGAUACACCGGGCAUUGGAGACACAGGUGGAGUUACAAAAGACCAAGAAAAUUUUUCAAAUUUGCUCGAGUAUUUAAGCGAAUUCAGAGAAAUCAACGCAAUCAUUCUAAUGCUAAAACCGAAUGAAGCCCGAUUAACCGUUUUCUUUGAAUACUGUAUAAAACAAUUAUUAUCAUCAUUGGAGCGAACUGCGGUCGAUAAUAUAGUUUUUUUAUUCACAAAUUCUCGAGCAACGUUUUAUAGGCCAGGCGACACUGUUGGUCCUUUACGGAAAGUUUUAAAGGAAAUCAAAGGGACACCACCAAAUGUAGAUAUACGUUUCGAGCACGAGAAUACAUUUUGUAUGGAUAGCGAGGCUUUUCGAUUUUUAUUAGCAACACGUCAAGGGUGUGUGUUUUCUGAACGAGUUAAGCAAUCGUUUUAUGACAGUUGGCAAACUUCGGUUAUCGCUUUAAAACGUUUGCUACAGUACGUGGAGACAUUAAAACCACAUCGUAUACAAAAUACAAUUUCCGUAAUGGACGCAAGACGGUCAAUCGAACGCUUAAGAAAACCGUUAAGCGAAAUUUCUGUUUUGAUCGAGAACAAUUUAAAUAGAAUUAAACGUUUAGAAGAAAAUUUAUUGGAUACAUCGAGAAGUAUCGAUGAUUUAAAACAAUUUUUGUGUGUUCCAAGAAUUAAUUUGAAAGUUGUUGAAUAUCCUUAUCCGAGAACAGUGUGUACACACGAAAAUUGUACGGAACCUCAUACGAUUAGCGACGUCACUUCGUACCAUUAUAAGCAGGUCUGCCACGAUCCUUGUUACUUGAGUGGAGUUCCGAGAAAUAUUACUGGCGAUGAACGUUUACAGUGUUGCUCGGCGAUGACACUAGUGAAUGGUAUGAAGAUUUGCAACUGGAAAGAAUGUGGGCACAGUUUUCUCCACCAUAUGCACGUUUAUUAUACAACCGAACCGUACGAGGAAUCCGCAAAAGAUUUACAUAUCGAAAAUAAAAUUACUACAAAAGAAGGCGAAAAAGAGUUAAUUCAAAAAGAAUUAACACGUUAUCAGGGUGAAAGAAUUGAAUUCGAAAAGGAAAAGGAUAUCAUUCAAAAAGCUGUAGCAAAGUUUGCACAUUUCUUAAGUAACAAUGUUAUUAUUCCGUAUAAUGAUGCUUAUAAAGAAUAUUUAUAUUACUUAAUUGAAAAAGAAAGAAAUCUUGGAAACCUAGCAAGACCACAAGUAAUAGCAAACUAUGAAAGUCUCAUAGCAAUUUAUGAAUCUGAAAAAGAGAUUCUAAUGGAGGAGUUAAAAAAUGUUCAAGCUGUUAAAAAGGAUAUUACAAGUAUUGUAGAGGCACCGGAAAUAAUGAAUAUUGUCAAGGAGUUGUACGGUUUAAAGUUUUCUGGUAAAAUAAUUAAACGUAUGUACGACGCUCAACAGAGACUUAUAGAACACGAAAUCGUUAGGAAAACUGAACGAAUCAUCAAACCGAUUCCGGUUAAAAGAGGUCACAAGAAUAAUUGGAAAAAUAAAUUGGGAGAUAUGAUAAAAUAUUUCGAGCCUAUUUGGUCAGAUAAUUAAGUACAAUAAUUGUUAGUAUUUUAAUUUUAUUAAAAAAAAUAAUAAAUAUAUUUUUACUAGUAA